AUGUCUUCCACCUCGCCCCAAGACUUCGGCUACCCCCUCAUCCUCGAAGACUACACCCCCGUCCCCUCCCCCACAACCACCCCCAACCUCUGCGCAACCUGCCACACCCCGACCCCCCGAAAAUGCAGCACCUGCAAAAACAUCCGCUACUGCUCCGCCACCUGCCAAACCACCGACUGGCCCUUGCACAAACCCGUUUGCAAACGCUACCUCGCCUCUCUCACCCAGCGCCCAGAGAAAACAACAACCAGACGCAUCCUCUUCUUCCCGCUCUCGGCCACAAAACCCACAUUCCACUACCUCACCUUGUCCACCAACAACGCCACACCAACACCAACACGCACGCCAAACUUGUCCUCCUUCUUCCCCGCCGUGCCCCUCACCGAAACAAAGAAACUGUCUUUCCACAACCGCUACCUUCCCUUCUUCGUGCAACUCACAUACGAUACCAAUCCCGCUGGCACACGCGCGUUAGCCUUGAACAAAGCGCUGGGAGCGCCGUUCCGCGGGCCGGUGGUAGCGAUGGUGUUUGAUGCUGAAGAGGGUGUUGGUGGGUUGCCGUUGGAUAUUGAUACUACUGUUUUGCGGGCGCUGAGUGAGUAUGUGGGGGUGUGGAGGGAGUAUCAGGGACCGGUAUUUAUUGAGCAGCCGCAGGAGAAGUAUGAGGAAAAGGAGUUGAGGAGAAUUUUGGGGAAGGAUUGGAAGGGUGGGGCGGUGGGAUAG